AAUAGUAGAAGCAAGCGUUUAAUUAAAGUUAAAGAAAGAAAGGUAAUCGUACCACGACGGCGGCGACGUGGCGGUCAAUUAACGGAAAAUAACAGACAAAUCAGCCUCUAGAUGAAGUCUUGAAGCACAACUUUGAAAAAUCGAGACUACCUACAGCUGAGCUGCAAUGGAGGCAAUCAGGAAGCUUAGAGAUCAGGUCGCCAAGCAACAGCAGGCUGUAUUCAAACAAUUUUCUGGUGGCAUAUUUGGGGGAUCGGAUAAUGUUGCCGCAGAUGAAAAUGAACAGCAUCAGAAAAUCGAGAAGUUGUACAUAUCAACUCGUUCUGCCAAGCAUUACCAAAAGGAAAUUGUCCGUGGUGUGGAAGGUUAUGUUGUUGCCGGUUCAAAGCAAGUUGAAAUAGGUACCAAAUUAUCAGAAGAUAGCAGGAAAUAUGGUGCUGAAAAAACUUGCACCAGUGGUAACACAUUGUCGAGAGCUGCACUGAGUUUUGGAAGAGCUCGUGCCCAAAUGGAAAAGGAGCGUGGAGUUCUACUGAGAGCUCUUGGCACACAGGUUGCAGAGCCUUUGAGAGCAAUGGUAGUAGGAGCGCCCUUGGAGGAUGCUCGACAUCUUGCUCAACGAUAUGCUAGAAUGCGGCAAGAUGCUGAAGCUCAGGCUAUAGAUGUUUCCAGACGCCAAGCCAAAGUACGGGAAUCUGCAGUUAAUGCUGAUAUUAUCAUGAAACUAGAAGCUGCUGAAGCCAAGCUUCAGGAGCUACAGUAUAACGUUGCAAUAUUGGGAAAAGAAGCUGGUGCAGCAAUGGCUGCUGUUGAAGGUCAACAACAAAGAUUGACUCUUCAGCGUCUUCUUGUGAUGGUUGAAGCAGAGCGCAAUUAUCAUCAGAACGUUCUUCAGAUACUUGAUCAGCUUGAAGGCGAGAUGUUGUCAGAAAACCAGCAAAUUGAAGCAUCGCCUAGUCCAGCUACAGAGAACUCUAUGCCUCCACCACCAUCGUAUGAGGAUCUCGGACAUAGCUUUGCUUCUGAAGCCUAUGAUGAAUUGACAGACACGAGGGACUAUUUCUUAGGAGAGGUUAUGUACACGUUUCAAGCUGUAACUGAUGUGGAGUUAAGCUUGUCUUUUGGGGAUUAUGUCGUUGUCCGGAAGGUAUCAAACAAUGGUUGGGCUGAAGGUGAAUGCAAGGGAAAAGCCGGUUGGUUCCCAUUUAAUUACAUCGAAAUGCGGGACCGUGCGCUUGCUAGCAAGGUGGCUGCAGUCUUUUAAAUAUUUUGGUUUCCUGUUUAGUUGGCUUGUGUUUGUGUUUCUGCUCUGAGAGUCUACCUAGUACCGCAUGGAUAUUAAAUUGAGAAAUUAGGUUAUCAUCCCUUAUUUUUCUAUUUCAUUGAUCCAAAUAGUAUGUUUGAGACUUCUUUUUUUUUCGAGACAUAGUUUGUUUAAGAUCAAGGUUCUAAAAAACGCUAGGCGCUAGUCGGGUGGUGGACUAGUGCCUAGGCAGAUUUACAUAAAUUUACACUGUAUAUAUUAUAAAAUAUGAGUAUGUGUGUAUAAUUUUAGGA